AUGGCUGAAGACCUUAAUCAUUUUGCUAAAUAUCAAACCUUUUCUUCAUAUUCAACAAUAUUUAACGAAAUGGAAACUCAAUCCUAAACUUAAACUUUAAGAAGAAAUCCAUUAGAGUAUUAUACAAAGAGAGGCUUAGAUCCACCAAAAACAAUCUAUGGAGAUCCAGCAAAGAUUCUUGAUCAUUAAGAUUCUUUAAAAUAAGAUUAAACUAAAGAAAUUAAUACUGUUGGAUCAGUUCAUCACUUUGCUAGCGAAAUAAAUCGUUUAUGUUCAGAGGUUGGUAAAAUCAUAUAAAAACCUUAAGCGAUCAAAGAUUAGUUGAAUCAUAAAAAGAAAAAAUCUUAAGAAUAACUCUAAAAUAAUCCUUCUAGUGAUAUAUAAAUAUAAUAAAUUAACUCUUUCAAUAAUUUCAAUCCAUAAAUUCAACAAUAAAAUCAAAAAUUACAAACAUAAGAUUAAUUAUAUGACUAAUAUCAUAAUAGGGGAGAUUAACCUAUCAAACCUAAUUGUUUAAAAUAAGACAUAAGAUUAGCAUUUUUACCAUAAAAUUAAUAAAUAGAUUCGUUAUAACAAUAAAUGUAGAUUUCAUAAUUAAGAGAUGAAUAACCUUUCCAAGCUUAAAAAAAAACGGUCUAACAAUUAUACUAAAGAAAUCAUAAAUCAGGUACCUAAUUUUUAUUACUCUUUUAGUAUUCACUGUUGAGGAAUAGUCAAAACAAAUGAAAAUCAAUCAAAAACCUUAGGUGAAUUCUCUUACUGAAUUAGCACAACAUUAGGAUGAAGAAAUUUAGAAAGCUAUUUAAAUUUUAUAAGGAGGCUUAAAGAAAUCUUCGAAAUGA